GCAAAUCCCGAGAGAGCAAACAACCAACAGGUCCAACAAUAGAACAACCAAAAAAAAACAUUCACCUUCUCCUGCGCGACUUUCGUCUUCUCACUCAGCUCCCGCCGGAAUCAGCAGAUCUCGCCGCCGUAGGGUUUUCCGAUUUUACUCGGAAGCUAUGGGCUCGCUUGUGCAGGGUUUUACUAAAUCACUCGCCAUGACUUUCCUCUCCGAGAUUGGAGACAAAACGUUCUUCGCUGCAGCUAUUUUGGCGAUGCGUUAUCCUAGGAGACUUGUAUUGGCUGGUUGUCUAUCAGCCUUGAUUGUCAUGACUAUUCUAUCUGCUACCAUCGGUUGGGCUGCUCCAAAUCUGAUGUCUCGUUAUUGGACCCAUCAUAUAACAACAGUGUUGUUCUUUGUCUUCGGGCUAUUGUCUUUGUGGGACGGUUUUAAGGAAGGAGGGGCUUCUGAAGAAUUGGCAGAAGUCGAAGCAGAACUGGAUUCUGAUCUGAAGAACACUGAUCGAACGAAAAAAGACACCAGUAAGAUUGAAGAUGAACAAAAAAAGCAGAAAAGACCGUUCCUCACUGCUUUCUUCUCUCCCAUUUUUCUCAAGGCGUUUUCGAUCAACUUCUUUGGUGAAUGGGGUGACAAGAGUCAGCUUGCGACUAUUGGUUUGGCUGCAGAUGAAAAUCCACUUGGUGUGGUCCUUGGCGGAAUUUUGGCACAAACAUUGUGCACCACAGCCGCUGUGAUUGGUGGCAAGAGCUUGGCAUCUCAAAUAUCCGAACGAAUUGUGGCUCUUUCCGGUGGAAUGCUUUUCAUUAUUUUCGGCAUCCAAUCGUUCAUUUCCCCGGUUGAUGCUUGACACUCGAUAAAGUUUCUUGGGUUUCAAUGCUUUUUGGUGAGCGGGAGCCAGAAAACAUCAAUCCCUUACAGUUGCUUAGUUAUUUACAUUAAUGAUUACAGAAUCAGAAAGAUUCAUCUGUAACACCAUCUAACUUCAAUAAAAAGUUUUGUUAUUUG